UGGUUUCAGGUCAGUCACCAUCCGACCGACUCUUCGCCAGUGCAACCACGUCACUCUCUCUCGUCCCACCAUGUUCAAAAAUGUCCGAAAUAGUGCUCUACCGCACGAAUACUCAACCGCGGCUGGUCACAAGGCUCCAUUCCGAAGCACCGGACACUUACAUCAUUCUUCUCCAAGUCUCAUCGCGUCGUUCUCCAACUCGUCGACGACUCGUUCGUCGUCCACCUCCACACCGCGUUUCUUUAGUCUGAAACGUCAGCCACGUCGUUCUCCUCGGCCGGAAUUGACGAAGGCCGCGUUCGAAAACGUCAGCGCGGCACUGAGGUCUGGUAUUGAUAUUUAUCAAGCCCAACUGAUCAAAUGCAGAAAGACUGUCUCAGAAUCACCUCGUCUAUCAAGAGCUGGAUUCUAUUAUGGUGCUGAUAAGCAAAUCAAGACGUUGGAGAGAUUAGUGAGAACGUUGGAGAGUCAUAGAGACAAGGUUGAAGUGUUACAAGAUGGUUACAUGCUCAGAUACAAACUACGAGAAGGAGCCGACAAUCUGGCUGCUGCACUUGCUACCCAAUCCACUCGACAGUCAAAAACCACAUUAUUGGAACUAAAAGCCGAACGAAAAGAAGUUGUCGAGCAAAUGUGUAAGCUGGAGGACAGUUUGGAAGAGUUGAUGGGCGUCUUUCAUAUCAGAGUGGUUGGUCUAGUUGGAUUCUCGAGGCUCUGUAGUGGAGACGUGUUUGAGGCGAAACUACAGAUGGGUCAACAAAAGUGGAAAUCGAAAUGUAAAGUCCAGAAGCUACAGCAGCAGUGGACGGACAAUGAGGUCAUGUUUGCUUGUCAGCUCAAUCCAGAGCUAACAGUCAAGGUGGUCGAAUCUCGUAUGUUUCAAAGUCAUGCACCGAUCGGAACCAUCCAAUGCAGCAGUCGUGAUCUAAUGACAGUACAACCACAAAGGGUGAUGCUCGUGCUGAAAGGGACAUCUUCUCUGCGACUCUCUGCGAUCUGUUGUUGGAGUCCAUGGGUUGAUAGCGAAGUUGGAGUGUUGGAACUACCGGAGCGUCGACUUGUUCUCGGUCAUGUUAAGGGCAGCAAGCUUGCUAUACCAUUGUCAUUACUAUCUGAUGAUGAAGGUGACCGCCCAAUGUCUGGUGAUUGGUCGAGCACGGGAGAUAAUUGUGAACGUAACGAGACUAGCGUUGCAAGUCCUAAACGAGUCUUAUUGUCAAAUUGUGAGAGUUUGUUAUCUGAAAAGUGGAAGAGUGACACGCUUACUCUCGCUUAUAAUGCUUUGUCUACAGAAUUUGAAAAGUAUAAGGGUCAAUAUACCGAAUUAGCCGAUUUUGAAAAACUAAUUACAGACAUAAGGGAGGUUUUGCAGUAUGAAAGGAAAACAAUCGUAAAACAGAAUUCGAUGACUUUGUCGGAGUCAAGUGCUCUAGAUCAGUUUGGAUUCCUGGAGAAAGCAGUUCUCGAAUGCGGGGGUGGCGAAGAUCACAACUCACGUGCAGGAGCACAAUCGCCCGCUCGUAAUACCGAUUCGCCACUAUUAUUCCACGUUGUGACAAGAGUGUCGGUCGAUUCAGGAAAAGGGCACAGCAUGUCGUCAGACAGCUCGGAGCAGUCGCCAUACACGAAGAAACGACCGUCGUCGUCUGUGUUUCCGACGAUCGAGAAGAAGCUUGAAAUUUUAUCGACAGGAAACCGUCAGCUCGACAUGGCUUUGGUUCAUCACUUGUAUCGGUGUAGUCACUACGUUCAGCGAUUUAACUCGUUUGGGCCACUGAAGUUGAAGGAAUCUCAAGCCGUUCAGAAACUAACUAGACAGCGAGAGAUAAUUCAUCAGCUGUCCUUACUUGUAACAGCGAAUGAUGGCCGGUUAACAGUCGAAGAAGUAUUACCGGAGUUGACGGACAACGACGAGUUAUGCUCACUCUGGACGAAAUGUUGUGGGAAUAACGCUCUGUUUGUCGGUGUCAGUGAGUUGAUUGAAGCUCUUGAUCAUCAAUUCGGAGCAAGUCUGUGGGCAAAUUACAUGGCAGUUGCAAGUAAUGUUUUGCCUGCAAUAUUGAGAUGUGUGCUGGACAAUGAUGGAGAUGAUGUGGAUAGUGAUCAGUCGUUAUCUAUAAUUACUGUAUAUGACUAUUAUGAUUACUUCAAUCGAGUGGCUAGGAAGGGGCUAAACGAGUACAUAAUGCGAUUUGCAAAAAACAUGCUGUUGGUCGAGAGUUUGUUGUCAAGGAAUCGGCAAGAACAAGAGAAGGCGAUGGACUGUUUGUAUGGUUACGGGUUCAGCGAGCAGAUCAUCGAGGCUGCAUGUUCAUUGCUUGCGAGAAAUGAUCCUCACAUAACGUCGAUGACAGGAGCAUACAUCGAGAGAGUAGCUCAAUAUCCAGUCCACAGAAUGAAGGUACUCAACGUCCUUCUCUUGUCUCUUGAAAACACAGACCAACACAUACGACAAGGUGCAUGCGUUGCACUCGGCAUUCUCAAGGCAACGGAGGCGAUCUCCGAGCUCGCUUAUUUAGCAAAAUGCGACUUUGUAACAGUAAAGGAGACGGCACGACAAGCUCUGUUGGCAUGUGGCGAGGAUGGGCAGAUAGCGAUGCUGCAGAGUAUGCCGACGACAUUCAACGAUUUGGGUCCCGUUCACACUCUUGUUCCUCAGGAGGUGUUGUAGUGUAAUACAAUUUCAAUAUAUUAUGUAAUUUUUGUAUCUACGAUGUGACGAGAAGACGAAAAUGGACAUUUCGGAGAAGUUUGUAUGAAUGUUGUGAUAAUCGAUUUGCCAUUGUAAUGUAAUAUGCGAGCGAUGUUAAUGAGUUGUACUGGAGGUUUCUUGAGAA